GGGAAGAUAACAAAACAGGUAGUGUAAGAUAGUCGUCGUCGGCAUCCACACGCGUUUGUGAUAAUGCCAUUUCCAAGUAGAGACGGGUUAAAAAUCACUCAAAUUGACGUUGAAGAUGUGAGGUUCCCAACUUCCCUCGGAGGACAUGGAUCAGACGCUUUGCACACAGAUCCCAAUUACUCCUGCGCAUAUGUGACGACGAGCACGGAGAAUGGCAAGCAGGGCUUCGGGCUGACGUUCACCUGCGGCCGAGGCACUGAAAUCGUGGUGCUAACGGUUCGAGCCAUGAAGAAGUUUAUUGUGGGACGAAACGCUGCAGACAUCUUCGCCGAUUUCGCUGGCUUCUGGCGCGCUAUCACUAACGAUUCACAGAUGAGAUGGCUCGGCCCUGAAAAAGGCGUAGUACAUUUAGCCGUGGCAGCCAUUCUGAACUCUUUAUGGGAUUUGUGGGCCAGACUUGAAAACAAACCUUUAUGGAAACUGUUGGUUGACUUAACACCAGAGGAAUUGGUAUCAACCAUAGACUUUCGCUACAUAACCGACGUGAUAACUAAAGAUGAAGCUAUUCAAUUGUUAAAAGACAAGCGUGCCGGGAAAGAAGAAAGAGUAAAACAACUGUUGGAACAAGGAUAUCCGGCGUAUACUACACAAGUAGGUUGGCUGGGUUACAGCGAUGAACUUGUAAAGGAAUUAUGCAAUAAAUAUUUAAGUCUGGGUUUCAAACACUUCAAAGUCAAAGUAGGACUCAAUUUAGAAGACGACAUUCGAAGAUGCAGCGCAGUACGCAAAUACAUCGGCGAUGACAAAACUCUGAUGGUAGAUGCAAACCAAGCAUGGAGCGUUGGUGAAGCUAUCGAAUGGAUGCAGAAACUAGCGCCCUUGAAACCGAUGUGGAUUGAGGAACCAACCUCGCCUGACGAUGUGUUAGGUCAUGCCGCUAUAUCACAAGCUCUGAAACCGUAUGGCAUAGGAGUGGCGACGGGUGAAAUGUGCGCGAAUCGCGUGAUGUUCAAACAGUUCCUGCAGAGUGGCGGCAUGCAGUACUGUCAGAUCGACUCGGCUCGCAUCGGCGGUGUUAACGAGAUCCUAUCCGUUUAUCUCAUGGCUGAAAAACUUAAAGUGAAAGUGUGCCCCCACGCGGGCGGCGUGGGUCUGUGCGAGAUGGUGCAGCAUCUACAGCUGUGGGACUACGCCUGCGUGUCUGGGUCUAUGGAAGAGCGGCUUAUCGAGUACGUCGACCAACAGCACGAACAUUUCUAUGACCCAUGUGUAGUGGAGAACGCUAGAUAUCUCGCUCCUAAGUUACCGGGAUACAGUACGAAAAUGUUUCCAGAAACUCUUCAAAAGUUCUCUUAUCCCAAAGGAAGCGAAUGGCAAUCCAUGUUCAAAGAAGGAAUAUUCCCACCGCCCGAUGAAGCUGAAUUAGUCAAUGUGUAAAACAAAAACAUCAUUUAUGUGAAAAUAUAAUAUAUAUUUUCGUCAAAUUUUUUUGGAAAUAUAAAAUUGUUCAAAAAUAGUAUUUUAAUUACUUGCUUAAAACUAAUAUGCUACAGUCCUACAACAGUCGUCGAAUACCUACAGAAUACCCUUGACUAUUGAAAAUCUGUUCAGGAACAUAAAUUGUGUCAAAAAGUAAGAAUUACAUACCAGUCAUGUUAAACAAUUCAAAAUCCGCAAUAAAUAACCAUAAUUCUACUUCAAACUUCUUUUUCAAAAUGGACUCAAUUAGUUUUAAUGCUUUAUAAUUUCAAAGAAAGCAUUGAAGCAGGCUAGUCAAAGUAACAUAAAAAUAAA